AUGUCAAUAAACAUUCAAAAUGUGAAAAUAUUGCAAACUUUGAGAGUACACACCAGCGAUGUUUCAACCUGUGAUUUGGCACCAAAUUUUACACUAGUUACUGGAUCAAGUGAUAAGACUGUUAGGAUAUGGGACUGGGUACCUGGUUCUGGUUACGUUCAAAGAGUAACGUCACCGUUAAGGGCGCACAAGUACCAAGUAACAUGCGUAAGAAUAUCACCACAAGGUUCCCUGUUUGCCAGCGCGUCCGUGGAUGGUACCGCUGUUCUUUGGAACCUGCAUUUCUCCAAAAAACUCUUCACCAUGACGCAGGUCAAUGGAGAUUCUAUAAGAGUUUGCAGUUUUGCACCAGAUAGUUCAAUACUGGUCACUGCAGGAGAUAAUGGAGCAAUAUGUGUUUGGGAUUUAGUUCACAAAAGCCUUAUAAGAACACUUAUUCAACACGAAGGUACUACCCAGUCGUUAGCAUUUACACCAGACUCUCAGUACUUAGUAAGCGCCUGCACCCUGCAGGUGGUACGAGUAUGGUACGUCCAAGACCUGGUGGACACCACCAAUGACACCAAUUGUACAUCUGUUGCUAAACUGGACAACGCCCUCGACAUGGGAGUUUUCUGUAUUGAUGUGUCCAAACACGUCAAAAUAGAUGAAAAUAGUCCUUUAAUAAAACACUACAAACUGGCAAUCUGUGGCAACAGCAACGAAAUCAAAAUUUGGACCAUCACAUCGAAAUCCUUUUCAAAAACAAAACUCUCGACAGCGAACGAAGUAAGCUUAGAUUACUACGACACCUACGAUGGUCACAGUUCCUCUGUGACUUGUAUAAAAUAUAGCAAUAACGGCGCCUACUUGAUAUCGUCCAGUUUGGAUAAGUUGGUGAAAAUAUGGAAUGCGGAGGAUGGAAGAUGUAUGGCAACUUUGCAAGGACAUUCCAGAUACGUUAAUUGCACUGCUAUUUCGAAGGAUUCAUCAUUAAUAGUAUCUGGUUCCACAGGUUCAAACGACAAAAUGUUGAUAAUCUGGAACAUCAACGGGACUUUAACCACAGAUUCUGAAUUAUUUCAUCAAGAAAUAUCGGUAAGCAACCUGAUUGGGCAACCUCAAGAGCUACAAAUGGUGCAGUUUUCUGAAACCGGCGAUAACGAGGCCAAAUUAAUCGAAAAAAUCGAUGACAUUGCUGAUGGGGCCAUUAACAGCUGCUGCUUUUUCGGCAAUGAUGUUCUGGCUACAGGCUCUGGAGAUAAACUUGUAAAACUAUUCAAUGUGGUCGAAGAAAACAACAACAUAGAAGAAGUGAGCUGGUCGCCACUAGAAGGUCACACUUAUGCCAUUAAUCAUGUAGAAUUCUCCAAAGAUGGUAACAUGUUGGCUUCUUGUUCUUUGGACGGCUGUACAACAUUAUGGAAUCCAGCGACGGGCGAAAAAAUCAUAUCUGUGCCUAUAAACAGCAUGUCUGUUAAGGUGUGCAGAUUUUCACCUGACUGCCAAUUACUGAUCACUGCAGGGGAUGAUGAUAAAGCUACUGUAUGGAACUCGGAAACUAUGGAGGAAAUAUCGACUCUUGAUGGCCAUUUGGAUGCCGUAACGUCUGCAGCAUUUUCCCCGGACGGUUGCGUUAUAGCAACCAUGUCUAUCAACGCCGACUUUAGAGUUUGGUCGGUGUGCGAUUUUAAAUGUUUGCACGUCCAAGAGGAUGCUCACGAUUUCGGUAUACAGAGCUGCGAUUUUUCCGAUAACUUGGAACCAAUUCCAAUGAACUUGGUGGACGUGCAAUCCUAUUUGUUAGCCACUUGCGGAAAUGAUAGCCUGGUAAAGUUGUGGCGAAUAUCAAUACCAAAACAAAAUAAUAAGUUGCAUUAUGAAGAUAUCGAAGUAAAGGUUUGGCGUACGUUCAUGGGGCAUGGUGGUAAUGUCAUAUGUGUUAGAUUUUCACCUAAUGUGGGUGAAAUAGUUGGUUCUACCGCUACAGAUCGCCAGGCUAGAAUAUGGUCUGUAUACAGUACCGAGUGUCUACAUGUUUUGGACCACGAUUCAAUAGUAGUAACAUGCGCUUUUAACGGGGACUGUUCACUUUUGGCAGUUGGAUGUCUAGAUAAAACUUUAUGGCUCUGGAAAUUACCCCAACAAUUGGUGUUUCAAACUGCAGUAGCCAACAAAUUAAAAUGCAGAACCAAGGCUAUUAUAGACUGGACUUCAAAUGACGUAGUAAAAUGGUUAAAAGACAUAGACAUGGAAGAUAUUAUUGUGAAUGCUCGAAAUAGUGCGCUAGACGGUAUAAAAUUAGUCAGUCUUUCAAUGGAAAAUAUUUGCUCUGGAAUGGGACUAGACGAAAAUCAAACAUCAAAAAUGCUCAAAGAAAUAAAAUGGCUGCGCAAAGCGGAACUCCACAUAGAAAAACCGGAAAACACGGAUAUUCCGCACGAGUUUUUGUGCCCCAUUACUCAUGAGAUCAUGAGGGAGCCAGUGUCUUGUAGCGACGGUUACACGUAUGAAAAAAAUGCGAUCGCCGAAUGGUUUAUUUCGGGUAAAUUCACCAGCCCCAUGACCAACGAAAAAUUAACCAAUACGAAUUACGCGUUCAAUUUGGAAUUGAGGAACGCGAUUUAUUCGUUCUUGGAUAGCGAAGAUCAGCAGGAAGAAUAA